AUGCCGCUCCACCUCCUCGGCAAGAAAUCAUGGAACGUCUACAACCCUGCCAACAUCGAGCGCGUGAGGCACGACGAAGCCGAAGCCCAGAAGGCAGCAGAAGAGCGAGAAAAGAGAGCAAUACAAGAUGAAGCCGAUGCGCGGAUUCGACUCUUACAAGGCAAGACGACAGACAAGGCUACACUGGAAAGAGAUGGCGCCUCAGACAACGGACUUGACGCAGAUGGAGGUGUAGGCGUAGGCGUAAAGGAGAGUCUGGAUAUCUCGCGCAUCAAAAGGAUCCAGAAGCGCCGAUUGGCAGGGGAAGAUGACACGGAUCGGGACAUCCGAAUCGCUCGCCAGACGCAGCAACUGGCCUCCACCGCGCCGAAGCGUCAACGAGUGUCAGACAAAAACGACGACGACAUCUCGAUUGUCGAUGCUAAUGGGAAUAUCUCGUUGGUUCCGGUGCCGACGACGCAGCAACAAGAACCCAAGAAACCUCUAAGAGUGGAGGACGACCCGUAUACAGUAUAUCUGUCGCAUGCUGCGGGAAGGGGUAAGGGCGCGGCGGAUAAACCAUGGUACAGCUCCACAUCGGACGGGAAUGUUCUCGCCGGUGUCAAUCGCGAAAUGGAGGAGUCCCGGGCAGAAUGGGGAGACAGCUCUCGUCGACGGCGCGACCGUGAUGCGAUGCGGAUCGCUGCUAAUGAUCCCCUGGCUAUGAUGAAACAAGGGGUCAAGCAGCUACGCGAAGCGGAAAGAUUGAGGAAAGAGUGGAUGGAGCAGCGUGAGCGGGAUCUUAGGGAAGUCGAGGAUCUUGCGGCGAGGGCAAUGAAGAAGCGGAGAAGAAGAAGGGAGGGGGAUGAAAAUAGUCGCGAGAGACGAAGGAGAAGAAGACGAACAGAGGAUGAAGACAGAGAUGGGGACGACGAUGAAGAUCUCAAAGAGCGGAGGAGGCGGAGAAGUAGGCAUGAUAGGAGUGUCUAUCGCGAGGAGCGCCGUCAGGAUGACGAUGACGAUGAUGAGGACAGUUUGGAGCGGUUCGACCUCGACGACGGAUAUUCCAGGCCUGAGGGCCAUGAUCGUCGCCAUGGCCUUGAGGAGCAUAAUCCCGAGGAACAUGACCACGGUCGCCGUCACCAUCGUCAUCGUCAUAGCCACCGCCACCACGAUCAUCAUCAUUCUCGUCACCGUGAACAUCGAAGGACUCGUGAACCCGGUCAUCAAGACAAGGAUAAACGUGGCCACAAUCGCUACACAGAAGUGUCCUGA